AUGAGUUCAUCAUUUUUAUUUCGUCGAGUCAUUCAACAAUGUUCUUCAGUACGUCCAUUGAAUCUUAUUUCGACUCGUUUUACUUCAACAACAUUAUCACCAUCGGACAAUAAAACUACUACUGAAUCACCAUCAACAGUUGACCCACAAUUUAAAAAGAAAAUCGAUGAUUUUGUUAAAUCAAAUAAAAUCGCUAUAUUUAUUAAAGGCGAACCAGGCGCUCCUCGUUGCGGUUUUUCAAAUGCUGUUCUUCAAAUUCUUAAUUUACAUGGAUGUGAUUUCAAAUCGAAAAAUAUAUUAGAAGAUGAACAACUUCGAACAACAAUGAAAAAUUAUAGUAAUUGGCCAACAUUUCCUCAAGUUUAUUUUGAUGGAGAAUUUAUUGGUGGUUGCGAUAUUUUACUUGGUAUGCAUCAAUCAGGUGAACUUGUUGAUGAAUUGAAAAAAAUUGGUAUUCGAUCGAAAUUAUCAGAUGUUAACGAUAAAAAUACACCGUCAACACCAGCCAGUUAA